GAAAGUUAGUGCUGGUGUGGAAAUAUCUCACACUCUCAGGAGGAAGUGGAGAGCUUGUGGUGUGAUAUAUCUGAGCCGGCUCUUUCAGUGUGUGUGUGUAUAUGUGUGAGGGUGUGUGUGUGUCUGUGUCCUCAUGGUUCUGCUGGUUCAGAGGAGGACAUGACGCAGGACAAAUGUGCUAACGGACAGCAGCUGAAGAUCGUGAUCGUAGGGGAUGGAGGCUGUGGGAAAACGUCUCUGCUGAUGGUCUAUGCUAAAGGAGAUUUUCCUGAGACUUACGCUCCAUCGGUGUUUGAAAAGUACAUGAAGAUAGUAAACCAUGGUGGAAAAGAGAUUCAGUUGAACCUGUACGACACAGCAGGUCAGGAUGAUUACGACCGGUUGAGACCACUUUCCUAUCAGGAUGCGAAUCUCAUCCUGGUGUGUUACGAUGUCACAAACCCAACCAGCUACGAGAAUGUGCUAAUUAAGUGGUAUCCAGAGGUGAAUCAUUUCUGCCGUGAUGUCCCUGUCAUUCUGAUUGGCUGUAAAACUGAUUUAAGAAUGGACAAGGAGAAGAUGAGGAAACUGAGAUCGCUUGACCUCGAACCAAUCACAUACAUUCAGGGAGAGGAGACACAGAGGCGGAUGAAUGCUACCCUCUACCUAGAAUGUUCAGCUAAACACCGUGAGAAUGUAGAGGACGUUUUUAAAGAAGCCACCAAGCUGGCAUUGGAUUACAGUCGCAAAGCACGGCAUGUCCGUAAGAAGCGGAGAAAGUGCCAUAUAAUGUAAUACCACCUGCAGUCGCACAACAUUGUUUAGUUUUCUUUAGCUGUUUAAUUUUUUUUUUUAUAUAGACCAAAAUGACUGUAUAAAGACUCAGAGAAUUGCAAUACAUUAUUGUAAGUAAUUAUAAUAAUGGAGAGUGUAAGAAGUGUAUAUGCUGCUAUUGGCGUGUUAGCAUAUUAAAUCUUAUUAAAUCAAGUAUUAAAUCCUUUACACUCUAGUGCAUGUUCACUAGUGCAUAGUUAACCAGUGUUCUUAAUCUCGAAACUGAAGUACACUUUAUGUCGGAUGUUUACAUCUUCAUUAUGAUAGCGAUCAUUCUGUUGGGUUUUAAUCCUCCAGGUGUGUGAAUUGAGGUUUCUCCUCAGAUUAAAAUGGGCAUUGAGGUCACCAAUGUGAUCAUCAUAGCUGGUUUCUAACACAGAGAAAGCACUUUUUUUUCCCCUCUUUGGACCUAUUAAACAAAUUACCACCCUUUUGUAAUUCACUAAAAUGAGCCACCAAGAGGAAGUACUUGAGUGCACACAGGACAGGUUUAGCAGGUUACUUCUGGCCCACUUGGUGCAGUGUUGAGUCACUCACUGCACUGAUAUCCAACACUGCCACCACACUGCAUUAGAUUUGCUAUGAAUAUUUAGAUUCACAGCACCCCCUAGUGGAUAAGUAUUGUAUCUGACCAAUCACAAUCCAAAAUGAUUGAUAAAUUGACUUCAUCUCCAUCAUUUAACUUUCCUGGACUGAGGUUUUCACUGAUUGUGGUUAAAAUUCAUGGAAACAAUAUUGAUCUGUUUUGUGAUUUAUUAUAAUUUUCUCCCAUUUUUAAACAUUUUGUUACAUUUUGAAAUGCAAAUAUUUUUUACAUUUUAAUUCCAAACUAUUUUCAUGUGUGUUGGUGUUCCCUGAUGGAAUUGUAUUUAACUUUCUGUAUGUUUAAAAAGCAUUCUUUGUUACAAACCUUACACAUUUCUGUUUGGAAUAUAUAUAUAAUAAGUAUUAUACCUGCACACAUAUUAAACAUCUGUUCGUGCAUGACUUUUUAAAACAUU